AUGCGGGCACAAACUUCGUCGGGCAGGGACAGCGGCGCGACACUCGCUCCUGGGCUGGUUCUGGCGGGACUGGGCGGGCUGGAUGAAGUGCUGGAGGAGCACGGAACUCGAGCCGAGUCGCCUGGAGCGGUGGACGAGCAGGGACCGGUCGACCAUCUCCAGCUCGAACCGAGCACUCAGGCUGACCUUUGCUCUCCCGGUCCGUCAACAGUUCUGGUUGCAGCAAUGGCCGCCGCCUCGAUCAAGAUCGUCAAGAAGAGGACUAAGCCCUUCCUAAUCACCGUUCGUCUCCCCGUUCCCUAUCGUCUUCUCCUUGUUCCGCCAUACUUCUCGUCCAUCUACGCGAUCGACUCGUCAUCCUCCCCCUCCAUCCCCCCGACCUACCUUCCACGCACAACUGCUCUGGCCUUCUCUGCCCGCGAGCAGAAGCGCCACCAGUCGGACCGCUAUGCGGGCGUGAAGGAGGCCUGGCGCAAGCCCAAGGGUAUCGACAACAGGGUCCGCCGCCGCUUCAAGGGCCAGCUCCCGAUGCCCUCGAUCGGUUACGGCUCGAACAAGAAGACCCGUCACCUCCUCCCCAACGGCAAGAAGGAGUUUGUCGUCCACAACGAGAAGGACGUCGAGACGCUCUUGAUGCAGGGCAAGCAGUUCGCUGCUACCAUCGCCUCGUCUGUCUCGGCUCGCAAGCGUGUUGCCAUCGUCGAGAAGGCGCGCGUCCUUGGCGUCAAGGUCAACAACUCGAACGCUCGCGUCCGCACCGAGGAGGCAUAA